AUGGACGUUUUUCAACAAGGAUACCGCGAAGAAUAUCACGGACACGAUACAAUCGUCACCCCGACCCUCCUGACCCUGAACAAGCACGCAACAGCAUGGCGGAAAGCCGAAUACUUGGCGCCCUGCACAUCUCUCAUUGGGCCAACGAUGUGCGGAAAAACCCGCUUGGUGAUGGAGCUGGCAGAUGAAAUCUGUGUCGUGCAUAUCUGCCUCCGUCCCUACGAUGACGACGGGGAACCCAAACGAUCCCAGCUUGCCACCGAAUUCCUCCAGACGCCCCGCUCCGCAGACCUUGAAAAGUACUACACUAGACUCACCACUUCGAUAUUAUCUGUUGUCAUUCGAUUCUUUGAAGACGCUUCUGAAAGUAAGGCUCCAAAAGACGUAUUGCAAGAGUGGUACAAGCACCAUACUUCAACCAACACGGAUUUUUACUCAAACGUCCAGUCAGCAUUCGAACAAACCGCCCUCACGACAGAUCCCGUCCACCAGCUUGAACUCACAGCUCAAAAAGCUGGUCAAACUCGCAUCCUAGAACGUUCUCCGUUGAAGGUAUUGCUGGCGAUCGACGAAGCCAAGGCUUUAUUUGACAAACCAAGCAAUGAAAGAGAUCCGGAUGCAAAACCGCGGUCCCACUUUUUCCACCGUGCCUUGAGAAAUUUACCAGACACUUCUGGUGUCUUCGCUAUUCUAGUCGACACAGAUUCUUGUGUAGCCAAUUUCAAUCCGAGAGGUGCAAACCAGUCAACCAGCCGACCUAUUAGCCUCUGCGCGACCCCAUCCAAGCUGUACCCCCCAAUUUACCAAAUACGCUCGUUUGACCAGAUGGUCUCCCCUAAGCCACCCAGAUUCUGGGACGAACUGUUUGUACCAGAGCGGCUUUGUAAAUAUGGAGUUCCUUUCUUCAGUGUACACUUCAGACUGUUGAUAGAGGGUUACCGUGUGCUGGACCCUGCUGGAGCUGUUCGCAAGAUUUCUCGGCUUGCCCUGACGAUACUUCUUGACUCUCACCCGAGUGACCCUAUCAAGAUAACUGAAUCUCAAGCACUUGCCUUACUUGGUCCGACCAUCGGAGUUAUUCUCUCCGAUCAUGCGCGUCAAAAUGCGGUACUGAUGGCAUCUCAUGCGGCGCAUUGUGGUUACAUUGAUACAAACACCCACAGGCAAUUUAGCUUCUAUCCGUCCCAGCCGAUCUAUGCAUUAGCUGCAAAUGACUACUUGCACAAGAACGAGGACGCACUCAUAUCGUGUAUCAAUUCUCUGACGACCGUUCUAUCUGACGACCCCAGGGACACAGGAGUUGUUACCGAAAUCGCCAGCAGAAUAAUCCUACUCUGUGCCAUGAACAAAACUGCAGCUGAUCUAAAGAGUCCAAAGGAAAAUUCGAAAGAUUCGGCACGCAUGCAAGACACAGCAUUUCCGGAUCCCGUUCCCGUCACCAAGUUCUUGGAAACUCUCACGGGCUUAUCGGCAGAAGAGCUGCCUCUGGGCUCAAUCGAUACCAAUCACAAGCGCAAACUGUUCAAACAAGGGAUGAUGUUCUGGAAUCACUUCAUGCAUACCCCGCAGAGGCCAAAGUCUGCAUUAUUACUUAAAUGUCUGGAGCGAGGAGUGGCUUUGCAAUGCCAGUCAGGCGAAUCCGUCUUCAACCAAGUCUUGUCCAUCUACUUGAAGGAGGGGUCCAAUGCCGAGUUGGAUGAAGCAAAUACCACAUUCUGCGGUAUACGUUCCAACAGCCGAACCAAAGACUGUCCGGUGGAGACUUCCCAGGAGGACAUGACCCCCGAAGCGGCUCAUAUCGACUUGAGCCAAGAAAAUAAUCCCUAUCUCGCGCUGUACUUUUGCUUGAAAGACGCUCCCUUCGAUACCGGAAGUGACACAAGAAGAGAUCACUAUCGACUACCUUCCUACGGAGAUCCUGACCCUCGACAGGCAACAUUGGUGUUCUAUGGAGUCGAUUCGUUCCAUUUCCUCAGUCUCGGGGUGAAGAACGCGUUGAAAGAACUAAUCAAACUUCCCAUAGAUCUUGUAUCCCAACAUGGACAUUCCGAAAUUGGACAACAGUACGCGAAAGACCUUUUGCUCGGUUCUCGCAUGCAUACCUUCUCUUAA